AUUUCCGGCAGGCUCGUGCGAUCACGGCGCAGAGUGGGCGUUCAAUCCAUCUUUCUCAGCUCAUACAUGACUGUACCGUUAACGCUGCUUCGGUCGGAGCGCCUCCAGUUGUGACACCCACGGUUACGGUCGCCCCGGGAAAAGAUGACAGAAAGCGCCGGCAACAAGCUGCUGAACGGAGACGCUUCUCAUCUGACCUCGAACGGCAAAAAAACGAGCAAAAAUGGCUUCGUGAAGAACCACUGCCCGUUCCAACAGCCACAGAAGUAUCGCCGCCCGAGGGACAAGAACCAAAAUGUCACACACAACUCCAACCUGUACAAGAAGCCCUUUGUGGAAUCCUUUGAGGAGACUCCUCUGCUGGUGGCGGUGCUCACCUACAUGGGUUAUGGUAUCCUAACCAUCUUCGGGUACCUCAGGGACUUUCUUCGCCACUGGAACAUUGAGAAGUGCCAUGUGGCCCGGGAGAGGGAGGAACAGAAGGAUUUCGUCCCUCUCUAUCAAGACUUUGAAAACUUUUACACCAGAAACUUGUACAUGAGAAUCCGAGACAACUGGAACCGCCCCAUUUGUAGUGUCCCUGGUGCCAAGAUGGACCUGGUGGAGAGAGUUUCCCGUGACUACAACUGGACCUUUGAGCACACAGGCAAAGUUGUGAAGAAUGUGAUCAACAUGGGCUCAUACAACUACCUUGGCUUUGCUGAGAACACUGGGGCUUGCGCUGAUGCUGCUGUUGAGGCCACACACAAGUAUGGAGCUGGAGUGGGAAGCACUCGCUGUGAGAUGGGGAACCUGGAUAUUCAUGAGGAAAUGGAGAAGUUAGUUGCCAGGUUCCUGGGUGUUGAGUCAUCCAUGGCCUUUGGUAUGGGCUUUGCAACCAACUCCAUGAACAUUCCUGCUCUCACUGGAAAGGGUUGUCUUAUCUUGAGUGAUGAGCUGAAUCAUGCGUCGCUGGUGCUGGGUGCCCGCUUGUCUGGCUCCACAAUUCGGGUCUUCAAACACAACAACAUGCAAAGCCUGGAAAAGCUGCUGAGAGACGCUAUUGUUCACGGCCAGCCAAGAACCCAUCGACCUUGGAAAAAAAUUCUCAUUGUGGUGGAGGGCAUAUACAGUAUGGAGGGAUCCAUCGUGCGUCUACCAGAGAUCAUUGCUCUGAAGAAGCGCUACAAGGCCUACCUGUACCUGGACGAGGCACACAGUAUCGGGGCCCUGGGGCCUAAUGGCAGAGGAGUAGUGGACUAUUUUGGCCUGGAUCCCAAAGAUGUUGACAUCAUGAUGGGAACGUUCACCAAGAGCUUUGGUGCUGCUGGUGGAUAUAUUGGAGGCAAAAAGGAACUAAUCGACUACCUGCGGUGCCACUCUCACAGUGCCCUGUAUGCCACCUCCAUGUCUCCUCCUGUGGCCCAGCAGAUAAUCACCUCCAUGAAGAUCAUCAUGGGAGAAGAUGGGACUACACUGGGCGCUGAUCGCCUCAGACAACUUUCAGAAAACACCACUUACUUCCGCAGGAAACUCCACGACAUGGGCUUCAUCAUCUACGGCAACGAUGACUCACCUGUUGUACCCAUGAUGCUGUACAUGCCUGCAAAAAUUGGGGCCUUCGGUCGGGAGAUGUUGAAGAGAAAUAUCGGCACAGUGGUCGUGGGAUUCCCGGCGACACCUAUCAUCGAGUCCAGAGCACGUUUCUGUGUGUCUGCUAGUCAUACCAGAGAGAUGCUUGAUACAGCGUUGGAGGCCAUCAGUGAAGUAGGCGACCUCCUGCAGCUGAAGUACUCCAGACAUGAGCCGCCUCUCCCAGCUUUGGGCUGGAUGUCUGAGGAGAGCCUGCUUCAGCACUGAGACGUUUGAUCCUCCAUGCGUCAUAUCGUGUCUUCUACUCUAACUUUCUGUCCCUCCCCUACUUCACCUGUUCUGUCUAAUAUCCCUUUCCUUCUUCUGAGCCAGUCUCGCCACACCACCUGUCUUGUGGACACCUCAGAACCUCGGUCCAUGUAGUUUGUCAGACCUGCACAAUGGCAACUCUCUGUAGCCUGUGUUCAGUCUAUGAACUAUCCUUCACCAAUAACUAGGGGGGACCAAGUCACUCCCAUAUUUCCUUGUCUAUUGUUACAAUGUCUGUCCAGAGCCUUUCAAAUUGUCCUCUGACUGCAUUGGUCUAGUUUCAAGUCUUAAUCCUGUGUGCACAUUGAAUGUGUAUCCUAUUUGUGCAAUAAUAACAGAAAACGUGGAAUUCCUUUGUAAUUCCAACCACUUAGAGUAGACUAAUUGUUGCCACCAGUUUCUACUCGUGGCAAUAAUAAGAAAAAGAAAUUUGAUCAUUGCUAUGAUUCACACAAGGAAAAAACACAUGUAAAUAUUAUUUAAGUUUGUAACACUGCCUUAGGGUAGCAUCCCAAACCUCAAAGAGAGAUACAUUAUUUCACAGGAGUAACAUAAGCACGUGUUCUCCAUAUGUAUUUAUCUGAUGACAUUUUUUUCUAAUCAUUUUUACUUGAAGAGACUAUUGAAUAUUUGGUUCUUUCCCUAACCAAAGGAUAUAUAUGUAUAAAUAUAUUUUCUACUUUUUUCUUUCAAAUGCAAAGUAUGUUCCAAACGUUUAACAGGGAGAGAAUGCCAGGCAGCAAGACUAAGGAAUAUUUUUUACUGCUUAUUUUCUAUAAAUACUUCUCAGCCUUAUUUCCCGUUUGCACCUGCACUCAAAAAAUGUGAGCCCGGCGUCUUUAACAUUUCUAUACGCUAACGAGCUGCACAUGUGAUUGUUUUAUUUCCCUUCAGUCAUUUUCACUCAAGUGCUUUCAUGUGAACCGGCAUUUCCACCCCGCUCUUGGCACGACUGCGCGCCGUGACUUCGAUCUGUAUGCAUGAUGAUGAUGCUGCUCCCAUGCUUAUCGGACGUACAGAUGGUUUUGUGUAUUUAGUGUCUUUGUCAUCUUUCUGAUUUUGUGAGAAUUGUAAUCGUUUAUCUGAAAGGCAGCUCAAAACGUGUCCACAUGUAAGGUGUGUUUUUUUUGUUGUUGUUUUUUUUCAAUGACUACUUGUGUCUUAACAUCAGUGCAGCACUACUGACCGGCAUUAUAAAUGCAGAGAUGACGUAGCCACUGAAUUUGUUUGAGUAUGCUUUUUUUUUUAAACUUAUCUUAAUUUAUCAUCUGUGAUCACUGCAAGGAAUAACAUUCCAUAUCAACAUGCUUUGAUUGUCAGUUGUUUGUUGAAUUGUUUCUGUGUGUGAUGUCACCCUACGCGUCAAACAUCCCGUUCAUUAAUGUUUAUGUUGUCAUGUUAUUGAUGUAGUCCGUCAAAUAGCUGACAAGUUGUCUGUCAUUGUGACCAUUCCUACACAUGUUCACUAAUAUUAAACUCAACACAAGUUUCGAGAUGCUUUUGUUUCUAGCAUUUUAUUUAGUGCUUUUCAAGGUUUUCAUCCUUCAGAGAUUAGUCACAUUUUGUAUGAGUCAUUCCAAUGUUUUUGUUUUUUUCCAGAUAAAAUGGCCUGAAUAACAACUCUGUGAUGAAUUUUCUUAUAAUCUCCAAAGGUGGAAGAUGUAAUCUUGCACAAGUUGCACUUGUUAGAAACAAAACUGUUCUGACAUCUUUCCCUGUCAUCAAGCUUUCCCCUCAAGUCGUCUCCAGAAACAUCCAGUAUGUUGAGUUAGUUUUCUCUCUCUGAAGGCAAAAAUGUAAUUGCAAACAGCAUUGUGACUGUUACUGUCAGCCAGGCUUCUUCUCCCAAACUGGGGAUUUAAAGUCUAGCGAGAGUAUUCAUAAGAACUCUUUGAUGGAGUGUAACAUAUUCACACACACACACACACACACACACACACACACACACACACACACCUGCAAACUGACUUGCUUUAACCACUGGAAACUUUCUUAUCAGUUGCUUUUGCCCUCGUCUUUGGGUUGAAGAUAAACCACUUGAAGGAGUUUGUGAAGCCAUAAUGUUUGUUGACCGUGCUGUUGGAAACAGUGCUGAUUAAAUCACAUUCUUUAAAUCA